GGCACCUGACAUGGGCCCCUGCGGGCCCUUCAACCUGAGCCUGGUCAGCGAAGCGACCACGUGCGCGGCGCCGGGGGCUCCCAACGCGUCGGCCGCGCAGCCGUCGGGGCGUCCGGGCGGGUCACCGGCGUUGCCCAUCUUCUCCAUGACACUGGGCGCCGUGUCCAACAUGCUGGCGCUGGCGCUACUGGCGCAGGCCGCGGGUCGUCUGCGGCGCCGCCGCUCAGCCGCCAUCUUCCUGCUGUUCGUCGCCAGUCUGCUGGCCACCGACCUGGCGGGCCACGUGAUCCCGGGCGCGCUGGUGCUGCGCCUGUACACUGCCGGCCGCGCGCCGGCCGGCGGCGCCUGCCACUUUCUGGGCGGCAGUAUGGUCUUCUUCGGCCUGUGCCCGCUGCUGCUGGGCUGCGGGAUGGCUGUGGAGCGUUGCGUGGGCGUCACACGGCCGCUGCUGCACGCUGCGCGCGUCUCGACGGCCCGCGCGCGCCUGGCGCUCGCCGCGUUGGCCGCUGUGGCCCUGGCCGUGGCGCUGCUGCCGCUAGCGCGCGUGGGUCGCUACGAGCUGCAGUACCCGGGCACCUGGUGCUUCAUUGGCCUGGGCCCGGCGGGCGACUGGCGCCAGGCGCUGCUCGCCGGCUUAUUCGCGGGCCUCGGCCUGGUCGCGCUGCUUGUGGCGCUCGUGUGCAACACGCUCAGCGGCUUGACCCUGCUGCGCGCCCGCUGGCGCCGCCGCUCUCGACGACGCUCUCCGGCUGCAAGCCCAGAUGGCCGCCGCGGCCGCCGCCGCUGCGGGGCGCGCUCGGCCUCCGCGUCGUCCGCCUCGUCCCUCUCCUCUGCCUCCGCCGCCCCCAGCGGCUCCCCGGGUGGCGGCUCGACGCGCAGAGCCCGAGCCCACGACGUGGAGAUGGUGGGCCAGCUCGUGGGCAUCAUGAUGGUGUCGUGCAUCUGUUGGAGCCCGCUGCUGGUGUUGGUGGUGCUGGCCGUCGGGGGCUGGGGCCCCAGCUCCUUGCAGCGGCAGCUGUUUCUGGCCGUGCGCCUGGCCUCCUGGAACCAGAUCCUGGACCCCUGGGUGUACAUCCUGCUGCGCCAGGCCGUGCUGCGCCAGCUGCUUCGCCUCCUGCCCCCGAGGGCCAGUACCAAGGGCGGCCAUGUGGGGCUGGGCCUGACGCGGAGUACCUGGGAGAUCAGCUCGUUGCGUAGCUCCCGGCACAGUGGCAUCGGCCACUUCUAG